AUGUUUGGAAGAGCACCUAAGAAAAGUAAUAACACGCAGUACUAUGAAGUCCUUGGAAUAGCUAAGAAUGCUUCUCCUGAAGAUGUGAAGAAAGCUUACAGAAAAGCUGCGAUUAAGAAUCAUCCUGAUAAGGGUGGAGAUCCAGAAAAGUUCAAGGAGGUGGCACAGGCUUAUGAGGUUUUGAGUGACCAGGAGAAACGUGAAAUUUAUGAUCAGUAUGGUGAGGAUGCAGUUAAGGAAGUAGGAGGAAUGGGUGGAGGCGGUUGCGGUGGUUACGAUUCCGAUCCCUUUGAGAUGUUCCAGAAUUUCUUCGGGAGACAGAGUCGCGGACCAGGAGGAAAAAGGAAGGGAGAAGAUGUUGCACAUCCCCUGAAGGUAUCUCUGGAGGAUCUUUAUGGUGGAACUACGAAUAAAUUGUCCCUCUCCCGCAAUGUAAUUUGCUCCAAGUGUAGUGGCAACAACACGAAAUCUGGUGCUUCAACAAAGUGUUCUGGUUGCAAAGGUUCUGGUACGAAAGUAUCACUGAGGUAUAUAGCUCCUGGAAUGGCCCAGCAGGUGCAGCAUGCAUGUAAUGAGUGUAAGGGUACAGGAGAAAAAGACAUCAGCCCGAAGGACCGCUGCCCUCAAUGCAAAGGUAAGAAGGUUGUCCCGGAGAAGAAGGUGCUGGAAGUGCAUGUUGAGAAGGGAAUGCGGAAUGGACAGAAAAUCAAAUUCCCUGGAAAGUCUGAUGAAGCUCCAGACACUGUCACAUGGGAUAUAGUCUUUGUGGUGACUCAUAAGGAUCAUCCCAAGUUUAAGAGACAGGGUGAUGAUUUAGUUGUGGAGCAAAAAUUGUCCCUGACUGAAACCCUCUGCGGAUUUCAGUUUGCACUGACCCACCUUGAUGGUAGGCAGCUCCUCAUCAAGACUAACACUGGGGAAGUCAUCAAGCCUGAUUCAGCCAAGGCAAUAAAUGAUGAAGGGAUGCCCAUGUAUGAGAGAUCAUUCAUGAAGGGUAAGUUGUAUGUCAAAUUCAAUGUGGAUUUCCCCGAUUCAUUGACAACGGAACGGUGCAAAGCACUGGAAGCUGUCCUACCUCCAAGGAAAUCGCCACAACUGAAUGACUCUGAAAUUGAUGAGUGUGAGGAGAUUACUCUUCAUGAUGUGACCUUUGAGGAAACAGAGAGAAAACAACCUCAAGAUCAACCUCAAGCUCGAGCUGGAGAGGCAUAUGAUGAAGAUGAUGAUAUGCAUGGUGGUGGUCAUCCAGGGGUCGGGUGCGCACAGCAGUAG